AUGGCCGGCAAGGGCUGCGCGCCCAAGCCUUGCCUGCUCGCUAAUGCAUGGCUGUGCCAAGGGCAGACAUCUGGAAGCCCUGCCAACUGUUUGUAUUGCCCGGCGGCUGCCUCAACUUUAUCGCCCUUCCCUAAGCCCGGCCACCGGAUUCCUUUGGAUAUUCGUUUUUUUUCGUUAUGGAUUCGGAGGGCGCGAACUUUUUCCAAGCCCCGGAGGCUCUACCGCCCAGAUGCCGCCGACAUUAUCGAAGGUAGCGAAGAGGGACGAAGCGUACUGGAAGGCGCGGUGGGGACGGCAUUGAUUGUCCUCAAAUCUGCUCCUGUGCCUCACGGAGACCCACCCGCCUGUGUCCCAAGCAGUGCCACCGACAUCGAAUGCAGUGAAGAGGAACGAAGCAUGCCGGGCGACGCAGUCAAGAUGCCAGCGCUGGCUAUCUUUACAGCUGCUCCUACACCCAAAGAAGGUCCAUAUGAUCGUGUUUGGAAUUGGCUGCUCUCCUGCACCACGGACCAAGAUAAGCAAGACUUGUCGAUGGCCAUAGCUGCAAAGCAAAGGCCUCGGCGAAGGAAUAUGUAG